AUGCCGCCGCGGGCGGAUCUUUCCACUGAGCUCGAUGCCCUCAGGCUUUGGGAGAUACUCGAUGCUGAUUCUCGCCCGACGUUUGUCCUUGACCUCGACCCAAACGUUGAUUCCGCCGCCACCUGCAACCUCGUCACGUUCAAAGACACCAUCGUCCCGGUUUUCUGCAAUGAAGCGCUGCGACUCCACGAGCGCCUUUACGAGUCUCUAUUUGUUUCCUGCGCGAUCCCAGCCAACGGUCACCCUGACGCCCAGGCCAAGGGACCGACGGCCUUUGCGCAGUUCAAAACAUGGGCUGAAAGCGUCACCGAGCACGAUGUCUCCAAUGACAUAUAUACCGUCGGCUGCUUCUACGAUGGCGUUCUGUGGACAGGCGCCACAAUCCGUCGAAGAUGGAGGCUUAUCAGUGGCAACCAGGCGUGGCAGGGCCCAGACUUGCAUCUUUUCACAUCCAAACCAGGUCGAUACCAUGCCGGCAACGACACAGAAGCUGCAACACAGACCGCCAACCUUGCUGCCAAAUCCACUGGCGCCCGAUCCGCCCUUUCGCAAGCAAUCACGGCCUCGAACCACCAACAUACCUUCAAUUCUAUCCAAAGCGAGUCUUCUCUUUCUUCAUAUGCACCGUGCAUCCCACUAUCAUCGCCUGAAAUGGCAGUGACUGAUUGGACCGUCGCGCAUCCCAAAGGUCUGCUAUCCGAUCAUGUCCAAUACGCUCGCACAGUUGACUGGGUCAAAACGCCCCUAGGCCCCAUGGAAAGUUGGUCGCGCGAGUUCCGCCAGGCUGCUAAUCUGUGCAUGGCAAACCCCCAUCCCGCAGCGCUUUUUUGGGGCAGCGAGCUCACCAUGCUAUACAACAAAGCCUACGCCGCUGAAGUAGCCGGCAAGAAGCAUCCGUCCCUCAUGGGUACCGGCUUCUCCGGCCCAUUUGCAGAGCUAUGGGACUAUGCCGGUCCCAUCUUUGCAGAGUGUGCCCGUACCGGCACCAGCGUCCGUAAAGACUACGACUAUUUACCCAUCGAUCGAAAAGGCAUCGUUGAAGAGACCUUCUACAACUGGUCUUUUACCCCACUGUACGGCGGCACUGACCGAAUCUUGGGCUUCUACAAUGCACCCUUUGAAACGACGCAAGAGGUCGUCGGGAAGCGACGAAUGCAGAUAAUAACUCGGUUGGGCGAGAGUACAGCCCGAGUGAAAACAGUCCAGGACUUUUGGCCUUGCGUCAUUGCCUGUUUCGAAGAUUGCCACUACGAUAUUCCAUUUGCAUUUCUCUACUCGAUCGAUGAUGCAGACCGAAUGACCGAAGCCGCAGCAUCACCAAAUGGUGCCACCGCUAGGACAUGUCAAUUCCAAGGAUCGCUUGGCGUACCUGCCGGGCAUACUGCCACGCCGCCACAGCUCGACAUCAACGGUAGCAGUGAUGGCUUUAUACCGUCAUUUCGCAAAGCGAUGCGCAACCAAGAAGCCACGCUUCUCAAUGUACGAGAUGGCUCUCUUCCCGAAGCCAUGAUUGCUGAUUUCCACUGGCGUGGGUUUGGAGACCCUUGCCACCAAGCCAUUGUCCUUCCCGUGCGUCCAACCAACGAAGAUCGCGUGCUCGCUGUACUGGUCCUCGGAAUUGCACCGCGCCGAAUAUAUGACGACGAGUACGAGGCUUUUGUCCGAACCCUAAACCGACAACUCGCUACAUCGCUAGCUUCCAUCAUUCUCUAUGAAUCCGAAGUUCGCCGCAGUCGAGAAGCUGCCGCGGUGGCCGCCAAGCAGCAGGAGCUUCUCAAAGAGGAGCUGAGCCUACAGGCGAAUCGCAUGCGCCGGAUGACGGAGUUCUCACCCCUGGGCAUGUUUUUUAUAAGCCCAGAGGGUGUCCUGCUCGAGGCCAAUGACCAAUUCUUUGAGAUGACGAGAAUAGACAGGGAAUGCCAAGAACCGAUGUCCUGGACCAAUUGCGUGGCCGAUACAAGCCUGGAAUCUAUCAGAUGUGCAUGGGCUCAAAUGCACGAUGCGAGAACAUCUUGGUCUGGAGAGCUGCUGCUCAAGAGCCACCAUGCUAGUGGAACCCAAUCACAAGAGAAUCUUGAACAUUGGGUCCUCUUUACGGCGCAUGUUGAAACAAGGAAGGACGGCUCACUGAAAUCCGUCAUGGGAUCUAUAACGGAUAUUUCACAUCUCAAAUGGGCGCAAAAUCUCCAGAUGCGGCAACUCGAAGAAGCCGAAGAGAUGAGAAAACGGCAAAACGAAUUCAUCGACAUCACCUCUCAUGAGAUACGCAAUCCAUUGAGCGCUAUUUUGCAAUGUGCAGAUGAUAUUUCUUGCAGCUUGAGAGACGCACCAGCUACCUGCUUGGCCAGUGAAACAGUGGCGUCGUGCCUUGAGGCCGCAGCAACAAUCUCGCUGUGUGCUCAACACCAAAAAUUAAUCGUCGAUGAUAUUCUGACGGUAUCUAAACUGAACUCGAACCUACUCCAGAUAACGCCUUCCAUUGAACAGCCAGACACUAUAUUGCGGCAAGUGAUCAAAAUGUUUGAGUCGGAGGCCGUCGCAAAAGACAUUCGCAUGGCCAUCGAGCACGAGCCGGAUCAGGAUGAGACUUCUCGAGGCCCAGUUAUUCUUGACCCUAGCCGUGUCUCGCAGAUUCUGAUCAAUCUGAUUUCGAACGCGAUCAAAUUCACAAUGUCCUCUUCGAAGCGUGUCAUUACCGUUGGCACCAGUAUACUAUUUGAACCCCCAACGGAAGCAGACAUUCCAGAGUUCCACUUUGCACCCUCGGAAACUGAAAGCAAAACGCCGACCAACUUAAAUGACUGUGGUGGUGGCAGUCCUGUAUAUGUCUGCUUCAAAGUGCGCGACACCGGCUGUGGUCUCGCCCCUCAAGAGUAA